AGACUUCCAGCAGCAGACGACGAGAAACCAAAAGAUUUGGAAGACACGCAUGCGUGAAUUGAAAAUCACCCGGCAACUGUCUGUAUCACGGCUGUACAAUUAUAUGGCGCUCUGCCCGAAUAGAUAAUGAACUAAUGUGAAGUGGCAUUUGUUACUACAGACAGAUAGAUUCACACUCAGAUUCCUUGUCAUCACAACGCAAACCAAGACGAGAUUUGUGACUACAGACAGGUUCACACUCAGGGUCCUUGUCAACACAACGCAAACCAAGAAGAGACUUGUUACUACAGAUUCACACUCAGGGUCUUUGUCAUCACAACGCAAACCAAGAAGAGAUUUGUUACUCCGGACAGAUAGAUUCACACUCAGAGUCCUUGUCAACACAACGCAAACCAAGAAGAGAUUUGAUUAAUUUCAGCGAGAAUCAAAUUAUAUAGAUUUAUAAAAAUGUCGAUUCCUGAAGAAUGGCUGUGGCCAGUUAUAGUUGGAUUCAUCAUUGCCUUUGUCCUGGCUUUUGGUAUUGGUGCCAAUGAUGUAGCUAAUUCAUUCGGUACUAGUGUUGGGUCGAAAGUAUUAACAUUGUUCCAGGCCUGUGUUUUGGCGACGAUAUUUGAAAUUUUAGGUGCAAUUCUAAUAGGUUCUCGAGUGUCAGACACGAUACGGAAGGGAAUUAUAGAUGUUAGUCCAUACAAUGGUUCUGAGUCGUCGCUUAUUAUGGGAAAUGUAGCAGCAUUAGGAGGUACCUGUAUAUGGUUAUUGACAGCUACAGCUUUACGAUUACCUGUAUCUGCUACACACAGUAUAGUUGGUGCUACUAUAGGAUUUAGUUUAGUAGCUCAAGGUGUUAGAGGUAUUGGUUGGAUGAAACUAGGAAUGAUCAUUGGUUCAUGGUUUAUUUCACCAUUAAUGUCUGGUGUUGUGUCUAUGUUAGUAUUUAUGUUACUCAGGAAAUUAGUUCUUAGUAAGGAGAAACCUUUAGAACCUGGUUUACGGACAUUACCUAUAUUCUAUGGUGUAACGGUUGUUAUUAAUGCUUUCUCUGUUUUUUACGAUGGAUCUCAACUUCUGCAUUUUCAUAAAAUUCCCUUAUAUGGAGUGAUGAUAUUAUCAUUUGGUCUGGGUAUACUUAUAUGUAUACUUGUUAGAUUUGUUGUUGUACCAUGGCAACGAAAGAGAAUUCUCGCUGAUCUGAAGGUAGUUGAUAAUCCUGAAUCAAUAGAAAAUGGCUAUGUAGCAGCAGAAAAUGUAGAUAUGAAUAUUGAAUCAGGUUUAUUAAAAAAUGAUCGUAAUCAAAAUGAAGAUAAAAAUGCCAAAAAUCAAUUAGAUACACCCAUAGUUAAAAAUCAAGGCAGAAGAAAAAUUCCUAAUCCAUUUAAAAAGAAAGUCAAAAUCCCAGAAAAGGAAGAAACAACAGUCGCAACCAUUGUCACAGACAUAGAUGCAGAAAGUGCACCACUAAAAAUAAAAGAUAUUGAGGCUGAUUCACCUGAUGUUACUAUAUCAAAUCAAAGCUUGACCCGAGGUCGCGAUGAGGUCAAGGACAAACCAGAAGCCGCUAGAUUAUUUUCAUUCCUACAGAUUUUAACGGCUAUUUUUGGUUCUUUUGCUCAUGGUGGAAAUGAUGUCAGUAAUGCUAUUGGUCCAGUAGUAGCUUUAUGGAUGAUCUCUAAUGAAGGUACUGUGAUGCAGAAAGCUCCCACACCUAUCUGGAUUCUAUUAUUUGGAGGUGUUGGUAUAUCUAUUGGUCUGUGUGUAUGGGGAAGGAGGGUGAUGAAAACUAUGGGCGAAGAUUUAUCUAAAAUAACACCAUCUAGUGGUUUUUGUAUUGAGAUUGGAUCAGCUUUAACUGUUUUGAUUGCAUCCAAUGUCGGCAUUCCAAUAUCCACGACCCAUUGCAAAGUUGGAUCCAUUGUAUUUGUUGGACGAGCUCGCUCAAAUGAAAAUGUUGAUUGGUCGUUGUUCAGAAAUAUCAUCGUAGCUUGGCUGGUAACGCUGCCGAUCUCGGGAGGAUUGAGUGCAGCCAUAUUUGCUGGAUUGCAAUUAACUAUUUAAAUGUAGAUCCAUUGUUUUGGCUGUUUGUUUUGAAGACAUGUAUGCUGUUUUGGUUGUUUGUUUUGAAGACAUGUAUGCUGUUUUGGCUGUUUGUUUUGAAAAUAUAUACAAUGUUUUUGGCUGUUUCUUUUGAAAACAUGUGUGAUGUUUUGGCAGUUGCCUUUGAAAACAUAUAUGCUGUUUUGGCCGCUGCCGUUGACAACGAAGUUUAGUAGACAAACAUUAAUGAGUAAAUGAAAUUUCCAUGUCAAAAGAUGUCAAACAGCCAUACAGGAAGUGAAAUGAAAUGUGAUACCAGUGCAGUAAAUAAUUUACUGCGGUCCUGUGCUUUAAAUAAAAACAAAAUUCCUUCCAUAGAAAUGUUCAAGAGUGAAGAUAACUGCUUGUGUUUAUAAAAAUUUUGUUUGUUAGCCGCACAGUGUCCAGCCGCACAGUGUCACGUAAGCUUGAAGAGUUCGCAUAAAAACGAAACUAGUAGCUUCGUGAGAGAAAUCGGUGACGGCUACUCGCCACUUAUAGAUUUCCAAUUUUGUUUUUGAUAUAGAUAAUGGUUGUCAAUCAAGCAUAAUAUAAUGACAUCUGCUUUUGUGGCCAUUUUGAAUACGAUGUACACAUAAAAUAAUUAACCAUGAAACUAAUGCAGAUGGUGGCCUAGAAGUUCAUGAGAAUCUUAAUAAAGCAAAGAUUUUUGUAUUGUUAAACAUCAUAAUCCUUUGAGAUUUUUUAGCUAAAUAUUUGUCAAAAUUGAUCAAUUUCACUGCCAUUUGUUAGAUGUAAAAUUCUGCCCUAAUUAGGAUCAUGAACUCUAUUUAUUUCAAUAACAAAAUUGACAACGAUAAAUCAAAGAAGUUAACUAAAAAAGAAAAACCCAAUAAUCUGUGCUAAAUAUUAAUUAAUUAACAUUAAUUAAAAUAUGAAACUGCUGAUCGGGUAAGAUAGCCGAAGUGCCUUAUUUAUUUUUGUUAUAUAACAAAAUAAAAGAAUUAUAUGUAUAUUAACUGAUUUGAGUAAAUUUAAAUAUGUAUAUAAUAUAUUCAACCAUAUAUCAGCCUUGCUCAUGUAUUUAAAUGAUAUGAGAGAGAAAGAAACAGGGUUUAACGUCCACUCAACACAAACUAGGUCAUUUCGGGACUAAUAUAUGGUUCAAUUUUAUUUCAAUAAUUCAGUUGAGCGUAGGGGUCUUUAGCAGUGGGGGGAAACCGGAGAACCCAAAGAAAACUCACCAGGUUGGACAGGCGAGCCUACUCUUUGUCAUGUACAACCAGGGAAUCGAAACCACGCUAGUUGACUCAAUGUCAGACCAUAUGAUACAGCACGCACGUGCUAACCAUUCGGCCAUCCAUCAUGUGUUAAGUGGACGCUUAUAACUUAAACCCUGGAUCCUUUCACUUGAUUUGAUAUCUGUUGUUUAUAUCUUGAAAUGUGUAUAUAUUCUGUCUUGUCCGCAGGCUUAUCUUGUAUUUAAAUGAUAUUUGUUAAGUGGACGCGUACAACUGGUCCCCCGGAUCCAUUCACUUGACUUGAUAUUAGAUGUUUAUUUUUUGCAAUGUCUAUAUAAUUCUGUCUUGUCCGCAGGUUUAUCUUGUCGGUUUUGGUUUGUGUGUAGUGCGGUCCUCCUGCACUUACUGUUUAAAUUAUGCUUAAAGUCGUUUAGAAUUGAUCUUUCAUUAUUUUUUUUACACCAUUGUUUGUAUACAUGUAUUUAAGUACUGUAAUUAUACGCAAUUCAUUUUUCCAGAAUAAUUCGGUCGUGUUUAUCUGUUUGUCUGUCUGUUUGUUCAGGUUCCCACUGUCGUGCGAUGCAUUACGAUAGGAUUGUCCACGAUCUGGUACAUGCAGAUACUUUCGGAUACGUUUCGAUACGAUCAACAUGAUUGCUAUGACUGACCUUAAUAAGACCUGAUGGGAUCUUCACGAUGAAAAUCGUGAUAGUGGGAACCUAGCAUAGUAUUAUACUUUUACCCAAAAGUAUAAUUUUUUUUCAAUUAUUUGGAGUUAUAGAAGUAGAUAUGUAUGGUUAUAAUGUAGACAAGUUGUUUAGAUUGUAGUAUACUGGCAGAUAUUUUAUUAGUAAUUUAGAAUUAUUGAUUGUUUUGAAAUUUUACUAGCAAUGAAGUAAAGUAGAUUGUUUUGAAAUUUUAUUAGUAUUUCAGUAGGCCUAUUAUUUCUUGUUUUGAAAUUGUACUGGCAAUUUGGUAGGCCUAUUAUUUCUUGUUUUGAAAUUGUACUGGCAAUUCGAUAGGCCUAUUAUUGAUUGUUUAGAUAUUUUAUUAGUAAUUCAGUAUUGCUUGAUUUAAAACUUUACUAGCAAGUCAGUACAACUAUAGAUUGUUUUGAAAUUUUACUAGUAAUUAAGUAUUAAUGAUGGAAUUGAAAU